CAAGGCGGGGCCCGGGGAGGAGGAGCCCGGGCUGGGUUCCCGGGGCCGCGGCGCACCGCAAGCAAGCCGGGGUGGCAAGAGGCGGAGGCCAGGCGGGGCGGCCAAUGGCACACGGCGCUGCGGCGGAGGCGGUGCAGGAACCCCGAUCGCUGACAGCCCAAGUCCCCAACUCCGCCCUCGGCCCCGCGGGAGGGAUCCCGGAGCCCGACCAUGGUAGCAGAAUGAGAAGGCUGGAGCGGGGCUGGUGGCCGCCGCCGUGCGCCCGCCCUGUGCGCCCUGGGCGCAGCACACUUGGAUAGCCUUUUCUUAAAGCCCCAAAGGGUGCGGGAGACGCGGACACCGAGCUGCUCCCGGCUCUCUGGCAGGGCGUAGAGGAGUGUGCGGGCGACAGGCGAGCUCGGGCGGCGUGGGCGCGGGGAUGUGCCGGCUAUGGGGUGGCCUCGGCGGCCGGGCGCGCGGAGCUGCCGGCGGGCGCUGCAGCGGGAGAGGGAACGCCGCUUAAACCAGGGCUCCGAGGGGGUUUCGGGGGCCUGGAACCGCCCGCACCGAGCACCGAGGUCCCCCAAGAGGAUUUGAUUUCAUUAAAUUGGAUUGGAUUGGAUUCUGCAGCUCGGUGCGCUCGCAGCCCGGGGACUGGCACCAGAGGGGUGUGUGUGUGCGCGCGCGGGUGGCGGCAAGCCGAAGCCGACGCCGGGGGUACCCCCCCAAGCAGCCAUGCUUCCUGGGGUGGGCGUGUUCGGUACCAGCCUCACAGCCCGGGUCAUCAUCCCGCUGCUGAAAGACGAAGGGUUCGCGGUGAAGGCGCUUUGGGGGCGCACGCCGGAGGAAGCGGAGGAGCUGGCCAAGGAGAUGAGCGUGCCCUUCUACACCAGCCGCAUCGACGAGGUGCUGUUGCACCAGGACGUGGAUUUGGUGUGCAUCAACCUGCCGCCGCCCCUCACCAGGCAGAUCGCCGUCAAGACCCUGGGCAUUGGCAAAAACGUCAUCUGCGACCGGACGGCCACACCACUGGACGCCUUCCGCAUGAUGUCGGCGGCCCACUAUUACCCUAAACUCAUGAGCAUCAUGGGCAACGUGCUGCGCUUCCUACCAUCCUUCGUGCGCAUGAAGCAGCUCAUCGAAGAGGGCUACGUGGGCGAGCUGCUGGUGUGUGAGGUACAGGUACACAGUGGCAGCCUGCUGGGCAAGAAGUACAACUGGAGCUGCGAUGACCUGAUGGGUGGUGGCGGCCUGCACUCGGUGGGGACCUACAUCAUCGACCUACUGACCUUCCUCACUGGCCAGAAGGCCGUCAAGGUGCAUGGGCUGCUCAAGACCUUCGUGAAGCAGACGGACCACAUCAAGGGCAUCCGGCAGAUCACCAGCGAUGACUUUUGCACCUUCCAAAUGGUUCUGGAGGGUGGUGUGUGCUGCACUGUCACCCUCAACUUCAACGUGCCCGGAGAUUUCAAGCAGGACGUGACAGUGGUGGGCUCAGCUGGGCGCCUCUUAGCUGUGGGUACCGACCUCUAUGGGCAGCGCAAUUGUGCUCCGGAGCAAGAACUGCUGUUGCAGGACUCCACGCCUGUCAGUAACUCGCUGCUGCCCGCCAAGGCCUUCAGCGACAUCCCUUCACCCUACCUGCGUGGCACCAUCAAGAUGAUGCAGGCAGUGCGCCAGGCCUUCCAGGACCAGGACGACAGGCGUACUUGGGAUGGCCGGCCACUCACCAUGGCUGCCACUUUUGAUGACUGUCUGUACGCCCUAUGUGUGGUGGACACCAUCAAGAGGUCCAGCCAGACGGGCGAGUGGCAGAACAUCUCGGUCAUGACGGAGGAGCCCGAGCUGAGCCCUGCCUAUCUGAUCAGCGAGGCCAUGCGUCGCAGCAGGAUGUCCCUAUACUGUUAGCACCUGUGGGAAUGGAGAGAAACCUUGGUGCAGGGUCUUCUGCACAGGGCCAGGAUGAGGGCGGGGUGGGGGAAUGGUGGAGGGGCACCUUGAGGUGAUGGCAUAUGGCAAGGUGAAUCCUAGCCUGUUGGUUAGAGGCUCCCUAUGUUGGCCUCUGGUUCAGAUAAUAAACAGGGAGUAUUGGUCUGAGAUUCCCCCCUGUGAGGUUUAUAGGAGAGGCAGGCUGAGCUGCUCCCCAUUACUGAGGAAUGAGGAUGAAUGGUGUUGGGUCCAGCCCCUGCCACUGUGGCCAGGCUCUCCUCUAGCACAGGGCUUCUAGAUACAGGCGGGAGAUGGUGCAGGAUAGUUUGGGAAAGAGGGCAGAGCAGGGGCAGGUAUUUAAUGAGAAGGGUCCAGUUCUAAGAAACCUCUUGAGUGGUGGAAGAAAAAAGUACUUGAAUGCAGAAAGUGUGCAGCUGUUUUGAUUGAAUAUUUUUUCUCCUAGGACACGCCAGCCGGUAUCUUCUUACUCUUAUUGGGUUCAUUGCCCUGCAGCUGGCCUGAGGCAGGUAUACUAGGAGAAGCAAGCUCUGCAAUGGGUCCUUAGCUGUAGGGAGAGUUCAGGAUACUCAAAUUGGCAAGAAAGCAAAUAUUACUGUUUGAAGUUGCAAGGUUGGCGGGCAGGAUAGAAUGUGGAAGGGACACAGUUCUGCAUGGAGCGGUUCUUUCCUAGCUCUGCAAUCAGAGCCAAGGAAGUAAUGUGGGUAUGGCUCUGCCCACAAGCUAAGAAGCUGCCCUGGACUGCAUUGGGCAUGGGCAGCCCGCAGAAAAAAGAAGUGU